CAUGUAUCGCGAAAUGCUUCAUCAGGGAAUUCAGUUAUACUGCGAGAUUUGGCCGUGCGAUCGAGAAUGUGGAAAGUUUCACGAAAGGUUCAUAAACACAACAAAAUUGAGAAGAAUGAAAACAAUGUCAGAAUCAGUGGAUCAUCAAAUACCAAUGACAAAUGGAAAAUCGAAAACAAAAGGAGUUUUCGAGGAAAUAAUGGAGAUGGCAGCAAGAAAGGACUCCCAAAACUUCAUCGAAGUUCCUCUGCCAUCUCUGCCAGAAGAAUUUCAAUCACUGACGCUGGGAAGUAAGAAACGUGCAAAACGACAAAGCACAAAAGACGCCGAUACUACAAUGAUAUUUUUCGAUAACCCUGUGUGGGAUGACGCAAAAUUUCGUCAGGAGCUACUCGAUUCUGACGAGGAAAGGUACUCAAUAGGGGAUGCGCCUUACAUCAUGGACGACGACGACACUCUUGACGACAUACUUAGGGACACUUACCACGAAUCAGCUUCAAAUCCAAUAGAGCAUUAUCAAACUGAUGAAACAAUCCUUUCGAGUGACGAUGAAAACGACUACAGCACACUGGAUUUGCGACAACAAGCCAAUGGCUCAUUCCGUUCGCCAAAAUUGCUGGUUCCCAGUCUUCGAUCACCAGAUGCUAAAUAUGAAGGAAGUAUUUUAGAUCUCUAACCUAACGUAAUUGGAAAAUGUUUUUAUUUGAAACCAUAUCGCAUUGUGGCAAAUCUUACUUUCUCCAUUUCUUAUAUUUUCCGUCAAAACUAAAACAAAU